UGACCAAAACCCCCCUGUCCCUUUUGUUCGACGUAAUGGUCGCAUGUCAUUAUCGGCCGCCAUCAACCUGCAAGUUUCCUGGCACGUACCUGGGUACGGUUUCCAGCUUUGACCUAUCACCCUAUUCCUGCGUCAGCGAUGCGAUUCAAAGCGGCUGUUGCUCAAUCAAAACGCCUGCCCCACCCUCCUUCCUCUUCCGCUCAAUUAGUUAACCUGCACAGUCAGGCAACUCCUCACAACUUGAACUUCGGUUUCUCUCCACAGCCACCUUCAACGAGGACUGAACCUCAACUGUAAAUUCCCACCAUGCCGACAACUCCCAACGCCGCUUCCAGCAACCACUCGGUCUCGAUGUAUGGUUUUCCAAAUCCGGCGCCACUCGCGGGAAGGAGCCAGUUCAGCCAGUCCUUCGCAAGCCCUGGCUCGCCCGCAUCGUCUUCAAACGUAGAUGACAGCUUUACCUGUAAAAUGAGAGACCGCCAAGCGAGGGGUAAGGACCCGUAUCAAUCCGGAGACGGCUCUGAUGGCGGCAAUCUCAGUGGCCGUGAGUCGGGUUCCGGGACAAGGUUACGGCUCGGCAGUGGUCGUGUUGAGAAGGAAGACUUCUCUCGGGUUGAGAGCCGGAAAAAGGCCAUCGCCUUCCUUGACAACCCGGAGCUUCUCAUGAUGCACGCGCAAUCCACAGGCGAGAGCAUCGCAGCUGCUCGUCUUCACUUCACAAAAAUGCUUUGCGGCUACGACGAGGAAUAG